CACUGCUGCCACAGUGCUGUUUAGAAUGGUGAGGGGGACAGUGUUGAGGGGCUCCUCCUAAAGUCCACAAUCAUCUCCACCGUUUUGAGCGUGUUCAGCUCAAAGUUGUUUUGACUGCACCAGACAGCCAGCUGUUCAACCUCCCUUCUGUAUGCAGACUCAUUGUCAUCUUGGAUGAGGCCGAUGACAGUGGUGUCAUCUGCAAACUUCAGGAGCUUGACAGAGGGGUCCUUGGCGGUGCAGUCAUUUGUAUACAGGGAGAAGAUUAGUGGGGAGAGAGCACACAUCCCUGGGGGGCACCAGUGCUGAUUGUACAGGUGCUGGAAGUGAAUUUCCCCUGUCUCACAAGCUGCUGCCUGUCUUUCAGAAAGCUGGUGAUCCACUGACAGAUAGACAUGGGAACAGAGUUGGUGUAAUUUAUUCUGGAGUAUAGCUGGGAUGAUGGUGUUGAAAGCUGAACUGAAGUCCACAAAAAGGAUCUUUGCAUAUGUCCCUGGUCUGUCCAGAUGUUGCAGGAUAUGAUGCAAUCCCAUGUUGACUGCAUCAUCCACAGAUCUGUUUGCUCGAUAAGCAUAUUGAAGAGGAUCUAGAAAGGGUCCAGUGAUGUCCUUCUGGUGGGCCAACACCAGUCUCUCAAAUGACUUCAUGACCUCAGACGUUAGAGCGAUGGGUCUGUAGUCCCGUGAUUACAAGUCCUGUGAUUUUGGGUUUCUUUGGGACAGGAAUGACGAUUGAGCAUUUGAAGCAGCAUGGGGCAUCACACUGCUCCAGUGAUCUAUUGAAGAUCAGUGUGAAGAUGGGGGCCAGCUGGUUAGCACAGGAUUUUAGACAAGCGGGUGAAACACCGUCUGGGCCUUGUGCUUUCCUUGUUUUAUUUGGACACUUUCUGGUUGUCAAAUGUUAGUGGAACAUGUCCAUAUGAUUAAUCUGCUUGGACACCUGUGUGAACUUGAAGAGAACUGACUUCAUACAUUCGCUAAAAAUCACCUGACACCAGAAGAACUUUUUACUCCAAGUCAGUCUCAUGGUUAUAGUCGGGUCAAAUUAGCAUUUUUGAAGAGGGGGAACCCUAACAACCAUAAUGGACAGUCCCACCCCAAUUUAACCCCUGACUAAAGUUAACCUCAGCUUUGUAUUUAUGCAUUGAAUCUUAACAAACUCUUUGUCUGGCUCAUCUUCUCUUGUCAUCAUGAUGUCAUCAUAUACUUUUCAGUCUGACUUAAGAUCAGACCUCACUAUUGCACAGAAACUAACCAGAAGUCACUGAUCUCCUAACAUCAGCAUCUGCAACUGAGGUGCCAUAGAGAGUGCCAUGCAGGAAGGAGAGGAGAGGGAGUGAGGCGAUGGGCUGCACCUCAGCCAAGCAGUUGUCACCUGUACCAAGUGAUGAAGAGGGCCGGGGAAAGGCCUACAGCAAUGGAGAUGCCUUCUCUGAUGAGUACAAACUGAAAGGAGUUGAGAAGAUGAAGUACAUGCAUGGAGAAGAGGAGAGCCUGAACACACGCAACCAAGAGAACUUGGAAAAGAGCACAAUUUUGCACAAGGGCAGGCAUAAAGAUGCCACCGGAAAUAGUAAUAAGAUAAGCAUCCACUCUUCAGAGAGCCAGCAGGAGUUCUUUAGGAUGCUGGAUGAGAAGAUUGAAAAGGGACCGGACUACUGCUCGGAGUACGAGGAUAUGACAUAGCAUGCCGAGACCUUAACUUGGGCCAACAGCAGAUAAUCCUGCCCCAAUGUUCCUUAAGACUUCUUCCUAUGCCCCUCGCCCAACAAAUGCUAAUUAUUAAGAGUGUAGGCUUAAUAACAAGGUUGAAAGUCACCCUCAGUUUGCAUACCACACAUUUCUUCCAGAUGUCUGACAGGUCAGUAUUUUAGACUCUUGAGGACCAGUAUUUAUAAGGGGGGGUGGUACAUGGAAAGGGCAUGUUUAAGGGAACUGGGAUUUGGCCCAAGUUUGGAAAGACAUUUUCAGACAGUUCCUCAAUCCCUUGCCUUACACUACCCAUAAGCCUUCUACUCAGACUACAAAUAACAGAGAGACAUGCACAAGAUCUUGGAUUUUGCCCUCCCUUUGAAGUGGAAUUUUCAAGAUGGACAUCUUUUGGGCACUACAUACUUAAAGACAGCACAUGUACCAUCAGGAAAGUGGUGGACACAAAGCAGAGAUGAUAUCUCCUCUCUGGGAUUCACACUAAGGGGGAAUUACUUGCCAAUUCUGUAGGUGCUGUUAAAACAUGAAAGCGUAUGGACUGUGACAAGACAGACCAUUUCUAGCAUUCAAGUGUGUGUGUGUGUGUUUUUUUUUUUUUAACUAUGUGAGCAAAGUAUUUUUCACCCACAAAUGUAUUAUGUCUUUUUUUAACCUUUUCUUUUGAGUUAUGUGUUACAAUGCUCAGGACAGUGGUGCUGUAUGUAUCAUCACUAGAAUUGUUGUUGGAUGACCACAGUACAGUUCCUAUAGUGCUGGUCUUGAGGUUUAAAUGGAAAGUUCAACUAAAAUUAAAAAUUCUAUCAUCAUUUACUUGGAACACAAUUGAAGAGAUUCAGUGAAUGUUCAGUCUCAGUAACCAAUCACACUGUAAGAAAGAUCAGUCUCUCACAUUCUGCAUAACAUCAUCUUUUGUGUUUUUUAAGAAAGUAAGUCAUACAUGUUUGGAACAACCAUUGAGUAAAUGAUGAAAGAACAUUAAUUUUUGGGUGAGCUAUCCCUUUAAAUUCAAUUGAAUGAUGGAAAUAGAUCACAGCAUCUAGCAGAGUCAUGUUUAGAGACACCAGUUGUAGUAUUUUAAGGUCAUAGUUAUCAGAUACUCAUUUUGUUUUAUAAAACAGGUUGAUAUUACAAGUUAGCUUGACAU